GCAUAUAUAUACGUACAAUGGAAAACAAUAGAAUUAUUUUAUCAGCGCUUGACUGGGACGCGACCCGCAUAAUCCUAACAUUAGAAGAUUGACAUUUAAGACACACUUAGAAUCUGCAGACAACCUAAAGCGCAGCGCAGAGUGACGUCAGAGGAAAAACAAGUGGAAACUGCGCAGCGCCACAAAAAAAAAAAACAUAAAGGAAAGUCGCUUGGACCUACGACACGGACAAGGGCACGGGUGCUGGGAGUGCCCCACAGCAGUGCAGUUUUCACUUUUCAAAUUUGCAGCAGGUACAAAGUGCAGCAGCGAUGACGGGCGACCAGAAGCUGCCGCUGAAGCAGGCCGAGGUGUCCGUGCAGCGUUUCCAAGACACAGCCGUGCCCCACCACCUCGGACUGCUGCAGAAUCAUCGCAGCAACAUUGAGAAGAGCCUGGCGCUGGGCGACUGGCAGAAGAUCAAGCGGGAGGAGCUCAAUGCCAUGAGAGUCAUUAAACAAAUCAAAAAUCUGCUGCUCGAAAUGGAUGCGCUGCGGGAGAAGGUGCGCGAGGAGGAUCUGGAACGCUUCGAUGAGCUGAUGCGUCCGGGCAAGGAGAAGGCCUUCGCAGGCAUGAAGUACUUUGCGGAACUGCAACUCAAAUCUCCCACCUCAACGCUGGGCUCGCAGUACGACGAGCAGCAGGACAAUCAGCUGCAGCAGGCGGACAUUGGCAAUUUACAGGCACACCAGCACAUGCCACAGCUGCAGGUCAACUUCCAGCUGGAGGAGCAUCAACUGGCGCAGCGGCAGGCCUGCCUCGAUCAAAUGGAGAAUCUGCAGCGUGAGAUCUCGGACCUGCACGGCAUGUUCCAUGGCAUGCGCCAGCUCACGGUAGAGCAAUCUGUCGCUGUCCAAAACAUAGCCGACAACGCGGAGGAGGCGCUGGAGAAUGUGCAAGCGGGCGAACGUUCACUGCGCUCUGCGUUGACCUACAAGAAGGCCAUGUAUCCCGUGAUGGGCGCUCUCCUAGGCACCUGUGUGGGCGGACCCAUUGGCAUGGUGGCGGGCCUCAAGGCGGGCGGCCUCGCUGCCGUUGGCUGUGGCAUACUCGGCUUUACGGGCGGCUCUGUGCUGAAGGCCAAUCCGAAUGUGAUGCACGGCAACAUUGAGGAGCAGCAGGCAGACACAGCGACAGAUGGCGAAACGGCCGAGAGAUUGGAAUUGAAAGAGAAGCCCGAAUGACCUAGGACCAUGUCCACGGCUCUGGCCACCACGCACAUGUGGUCUGCCAAUACACGGCGCCUGGAGUCAGCCACCAGCGGUGUCAUGAGCAGCGUGCGCAGCUACUGUACGCUGCAGUGACUCCCCGAUCGAUGCUCCAUUCUUUUACUUGAAUUUCCAUUUGUUUUGUGAUCGCUUUUUGUGCAAUCGUGUGACGGCAGCUGUAUCCUUCCCUCGCCCUCCAUGUCCUAGGUCUAAGCGUUGUUUGUUCAUCCGUAGUGUUAGCCGAUGUGUCUCGUAACCCAAAUCUAGUUUUAAGGCUUUAAUAUGCAAUAUAAACUCUUAUCUAUAACAUAAA